UAACUUAAGAACCUAUCUAUAUCUAUCUACUUAUGGUCCCUCUACAUAUAUAAAUAAAUUGACUUGAGUGGUGAACAGUGCUGUUUUGAUUUCAUUUGUUAAUAAUUGUUGUAGAUACUGCUUGAUUGUAGAGUGCAGGUUCAGUUUUGAAAUUAGACAGGAAGAUUACAUAUUGGUAUAUUAUAAAAGAUCAAGGCUUAUUAAUGGAUGAAUCCACAUCAAGCGGUAAUGCGGUGGAGGGAAAUAUUGACACACCAUCGACUUCGUCCACGUCGCAGCCACUUCGAUCGAAAUGCUCCGUAAACAAUAAGAAAAAGGAAAACAAUGCAUCACCGAGUAAGAAAUCACCAAAGAAAUCGACAAAUUCAAAGCAAAAACAAGAUGCGAACUCUCGGCAGAACAGUACCACUUCUGUGGAAGAUAUUACAAAUCAUUGUGAAAAUAUAAACAUUAGCAGUGGGACUGAGGCCGUGGCUUUGACUGCGGUGCAAGUUGAUAAACCUGCGUCUCCAAGAAAAAAGAGCGCCAAAAAGAAAGAGAGGUUAAAACGAUUACAGAUACCAGGUACUAGUGAUAGUGGACAAGCACAAACACAAAUGACGCCCAACACCCAAGCCAAUGGUAUGAUACCCAUUCAAGAAUUAUUUGCAAGAUAUGCAAAUGCACAGAUAGGUGCAAGUAGCAGUUCGAGCUAUUUACAAAAUAUGACUCAUCACCCUCAUUUUCAAUACAUGCACAAUGUGCAGGUAGGAGAAAUGUUUCAAAAUUUGCAAAGUCCAGUAAGUGCUCCUAACACACCAUUGGUGUACAUGACAAACAGAGCCAACCACAGGGGAUUCCCUUCCCCUGUCAUGUUGUCUGAGCCAAACACCCCAAAAUUUCUACAAAAUGCUUUGCACCAUCCAUUGCUCAACUUGUCUAAAAAAGAUAGACUUAAUCAAUCUGGACACAAAUAUCCAAAUGUUGUAUCUGACAAAGUUAACUCUAAGAAGAAACAGAAGAGUGAAGAGAACAUUGAAGACAGAAAAUUUGAGCCUUACAUAUCAGCAGAGGAAGUAGAAGAGGGCUUAAAAAAUAAUACACUUAUUGAGGGUGUCUUGAGAAUAAAUCCUAAACAGUUUCAACACUCUUAUCUAUCAAGUAAUGAUCGUAGUGAACAGGACAUACUUAUUGACGGACUUAAAAACCGUAAUCGUGCAUUAGAAGCUGAUGUUGUGGUAGUAAAGCUAAUCGAAGAUACCACUGAAAAUGAAAAUGGAGGCGACAAUAAGCAAAAGAAAGGAAAAAUUGUUUAUAUAAAAGAAAAAGUACAUAACAGAACAUGUAUUGGAAAUUUAAAAUUAAUGGCUGACAAAAAUAGACAAAAGGCUCUAUUUAUUCCUCGUGACCACAGAAUACCAAGGCUUAAUAUACCAUUUACAAGUUGGCCUGAUAACUUCUAUCAGGAUUUUAAAAGGUAUGAGAAUACUUUAUUUUUGGCUAAAAUCCAAGACUGGUAUGAUACUAGAUUUGCUGUAGGUGUUAUUGUCUGUAAUAUUGGACAAUCUGGAGAUAUGAUCUCAGAGACCAAAGCUAUCUUGGCUCAGUCAGAUUUGGAUAUAACUCCAUUUGGACCUGAGGUGAGGCAUCUGUAUCCACGCCUUGACUACACUAUACCAGCUGAAGAAAUACUGAUCAGAGAAGACUGUCGGAGACUGUGUAUAUUCAGCAUUGAUCCUCCUAAUUGUAGAGAUAUUGAUGAUGCUGUCUCGUGCCGUGAACUGGAAAAUGGCAACUACGAAAUUGGUGUUCACAUUUCAGAUGUGACUCACUUUUUAACGGAGAAUACCCUCCUUGACGAAAAAGUAGCAGAAAAGGCUACUACAAUAUACAUGGUAGAGCGGGCUUAUCACAUGCUUCCGGAUGAUCUAUGUAUGUUAUGUUCACUGUUACCUGGAGUAGACAAAUUGGCUUUCUCAGUAUUUUGGGAAAUAAAUGACAAUGCAGAAGUGCUCACACAUAGAUUUGCCAAAACUGUCAUUCACUCAUGUUCCCAGUUAGCUUAUGAUCAUGCACAAGCGAUUCUUGAAGACAGAGAUGAUGCUGAAAGUAUUUUCCCUGAGACCUACAAUGGAUAUCAGUUCAAAGAUGUCUAUAAAUCUAUCAAAACUCUUGGCAAAAUCGCAGCAGUUUUUCGUAAUAGACGGUUUGAAGGUGGUGCAUUGAAGAUUGACCAACCUAAAGUUUCAUUUAGACUUAAUCCUGAGAAUGGUAUGCCUGAAUCAUUCUGUUUAUAUGAAAAUAAAGAAAGUCAUCAACUCAUUGAGGAGUUCAUGUUGCUUGCAAAUAUGACUGUAGCAAAUAGAAUUCAUGAGGAUCACCCUGAUUUAGCAUUUUUGAGGUGUCACCCUCCACCAAGUGGUUUCAUGUUAAGACAACUGGCAAACGCACUGCAACCUAUGGGCAUAAAACUGAAAAUAUCUUCAGCUGGUGCACUGCAUAAAUCAUUAUUGAAGCAUGCCUCUGAAGAUAGAGGCAAAGCUAUGGUAUUGAAUAUGUUGUGUGCGAAACCAAUGGCAAGGGCUAAAUAUUUUUGUGCCCAUGGUUGUGAUGAUGAUGAUUUCCUGCAUUAUGCUCUUAAUGUUCCACUUUACACGCAUUUCACGAGUCCUAUCAGAAGAUAUGCAGAUAUUAUGGUUCACAGAUUACUAGCUGCUAGUAUAAAAUUUAGGGACACACCUGAAUGGGAAGUUGACAAAGUGCGCAUGGUUGCUGCACAAUGCAAUAAACAGAAAUAUAACGCAAAAAAAGCUGGUGAAUUGUCAACUGAAUUGUACACUCUGAAGUACAUAGAGUUGCAUUCACCUCUAGUGAUUGAUGCUGUGGUAGUUGAAGUUAGAGAAAGAUACAUUGACACCAUACUCAUUGCUAUGGGAUUGAACAGAAGAAUAUUUUUUAAUAGUGAUUUUCCUGGAGAGUACAAAUGUAUUAAAAACGACGCCGGUGCUAAGCUUUCCAAAAUGGAGCUGACUUGGAAGAUAUCAGAUGACCUUCCAGAAAUAAAACAGACUAUAGAAGUGUUUUCUAUAUUAAAAGUUGAAUUGAUUAAAGGUGACGAUAAUACUAUGGUUAAAGUUGAAACCAAGCUUGCCAGACCCCAAUGAUUUUUUUCUAACUCUACAGUAGUUACCUAUUACUAUAGGUAUACUUAGCAGUAAACUACAGCGGCACUUUUAUAUUUUAUCAGUAUUUUAGAUGACAUCUGCAUGAAUUUUUAAAAUCAAUUUAUUUAUUGACUAUGUUUUUAAAUUUAGUACUAGGGAUCAGACUUGUGAUAUUGUAUCAUAUUGUAAAAUUCAUUUUUUAAAAGUACAAGCUGUAGUGUUUUUUCGAUAGCGUAAUUAAUUAUUUUUGGAGUAGAUACGCAAGCUCUUUGGUAGGAAUUUUAUAUGAUUGUUCUGAAAAUCUUGCCUUGUAUAUUUUAGCACAAUUUUAUAGUUUUUAUAUACUUGAGCACACAAUAUUGCUCACAAUAAUGUUUUAUUGUAACUUUAUUAUCAAUGGUUAAUAUUUGUCAUUGUUGUGUUGUUGUGGAAUAAAUGAUAAUGUUUAAUCGCAUAGUACAAGUAGCUAUUAAAAUAAAUUAGUUUAAGAUCAAAGCUCAAUCAGCUUGAAUGAGUGCGCCUCCCAAGGGUGAGAUAAAAAUAAAUUUAUAAAGAUUACUUAA